UGUUUAAAAACAAAUAUAUGUUAGAAUUGGUCUUAUAAAUCAAAGAGAACGGUCUAGAAUAUCUCAUAUAUACAUACACAAUCCUUAACAGAGAUCUGUAAAGCAAUUAAGCAAACAAAUCUUAACAGAGAUCUGUAAAGCAAUUAAGCAUAUAAUUUAAAUAAUAAUAAACAUUCGACAAAACGUCAUAAUGUCAAAAGUUCGGCAACGAGCUGUAAAAUCUACAGCUUCUAAAAGUUCCAACUCAUCCGCUGGCCAAAAUAGCGCCCAAGAGAAUGUUGAAAAUUUUGGUGUGCUGGCGAUUUUGUUGCGUGUGGUUACUAUUAUAUCAGUGACUAUUGGUUUGCUGUUCGCUGUCGGGCUUAAUAUUUCGCCAUUUACGGCUCUUCCGAUCGACGAUGAAAUGCCAGCUCUGCCAAUGAAUGAAGGAGUAUUCGCCGAGAACGAAAGGCUGACAUCAGGCAUCAAGAUAAACAAUCUUCUCGGCCCCGAAUCCGUAGUUGAAGAUGGCAACAACAAUCUGUAUACGGGGUUGGAUGAUGGGCGUAUAGUUCGUAUAGCACCUUCUAAUGAGGGGGAAAUCGGUGGUGGUCAAGUGAAAACAUUAUUCUCGGGAAAACUUUCAGGCGUUUACAACACAAUGCCAGACAAGAAUAGGACCAGACCGUUAGGUAUACGGUUAAAAGACAAUAUGUUGUACGUCGCUGAUGCCGCUUACGGGUUCCUGACUUUGAAUUUGAAAACAAAUGCGCUCCAAGUUUUGGUAGCGCCAAAUGACGUCACUCCAGCGAUGCGAUUUCCUGACGAUUUGGUAUUCUCCGAAGGGGGGAAGUACCUUUAUCUUACAGACGUCAGUCAUACUUACGACAUCAGGAAUCUGGCUUACUCUGUUCUUAGUGGUUUAUGUGAUGGUCGGGUGUUCAGGUUCAACUUAAAGACAAAGAAGAUCAAGACUGUUGUAACUGGACUGUGCAGUGCCAACGGUAUAGAGUUGACACACGACGGAAGAUACCUUCUUAUUUCAGAAACGCUCCGGUCAAGAGUUAGAAUCGUGGACAUCAUGACGUUCAAAACAAAGAAAUUGGUUCAUCUGCCAGCAAUGCCGGAUAAUAUUCGUCGCAACAGCAAAGGGACAUACUGGGUAGCUGCUUCGAACCCAAGAACAGGACAAAGUGAUUACCUUCAAAAGUAUCCGAUUGUCAGACAAGCCAUUGGUGGCCUUUUAACUCACGAUCAAAUCUUUAAAACAGUGAACAGAAGAUCAAACAUGCUUUUUGAGAUGGACAGCAGAGGAAAAAUCCUACAAAGUCUGCACGACAGAGACGGAGCUUUAACUCAUGGCUUUUCACAAGCUACAGAACUAAGUGACGGUAGACUCGCACUGAGCGGCUAUUCCAGCAAUUUCUUAUCGAUUUUAAACUUAAAAGACAGUAUACCAAUUGGGGACGGUAGUCAUUAGUUUAUUUGCUUGAUUUUACUAUAAUCGUAUAUACACUAAAAUUGCUGCUGUGUUUCGACACAGCUUUGUAAUUGUUUUGUUGUUGACUUUAAUAAAUAAUUGUAUGUUUGGAGCUGCGA